UGUUCUGAUACAUAGUUCGUAAUAAACUCGAAGUCAAUGACUCCGAAAUCUGUGCAUAUCUUCUUGUAUAAUUCACAAAGGAAUUCCCCGGCACUCUUCUCUCUCCCAUCAAGUUGCCUCGAACAAGGAAUCCCGAGUCAUCACGUGGACAUCACUAGCGGCGCUUCAGGUCGGAGGAUCCUAAAGACGUCGUUGCAGGAACGCAAGCCGCGAUACCUGGACUGAACCUUGGUCCACUCUAUCUUCUCAGAAACCAAAACAAUACAACGUCCAACGUCGCCUCCCAUCCUGGUGAUACCUCGCACCAUCGAAAAUUUGCACUCCGAAUAGACAACCGCCAUCAUGAAUCCAGAAGUACCCCUCGAUGGCUUUUGACAGGCGCACGAUCGGCGCGAGUUCUCUUCAGGUGUUUCCCAAAAACUACGGAUACAUUACUCACGAUCUGGGCAGAUACGAUUAUCUCUUCAAGCUUCUCCUUAUCGGGGACUCCGGUGUUGGAAAGUCCUGUCUGUUGCUGCGAUUUGCGGAUGAUACAUACACCGAGAGCUACAUCUCGACCAUUGGAGUAGACUUCAAAAUCAGAACAAUCGAGUUGGAUGGCAAGACGGUGAAGUUGCAGAUUUGGGAUACCGCGGGACAAGAGCGUUUCCGAACAAUCACAUCAUCCUAUUACAGAGGUGCCCACGGUAUCUGCGUUGUGUACGAUGUUACGGAUAUGGACUCGUUCAACAACGUCAAGCAAUGGCUUCAGGAGAUCGACAGAUAUGCCACAGAGGGUGUCAACAAGCUCCUCGUGGGCAACAAGAGCGAUAUGUCAGACAAGAAGGUUGUGGAGUAUACAGUUGCAAAGGAAUUCGCUGACAGCCUCGGCAUCCCAUUCCUCGAGACCUCAGCCAAGAACGCAUCCAACGUCGAGCAAGCAUUCUUGACAAUGGCCCGCCAGAUCAAGGAGAGAAUGGGUACUACCACAGCAAACAACAAGCCUACGGUACAAGUUGGACAGGGACAAGGUGUGCAGUCGGGAUCGGCUGGUGGCUGCUGUUAA